UUUCUGUCCCGAGUCCCUUUUAUUUGGCUCUGCCCCGGGUCCUCCCCGGCCAGGGGGGGAGGAAACCGCCCGCCCCCCACGGGGCCGACAGGGGAAGGAACAUCUGGGCAGCCGCGGAGCAAAAAUUGGGGGCUGCCGUGGCGCAUCCCCUGGAUGGAGCAGCUGGAGAGUCCGGCGGCCGCUAGAGCCUGGUUGGAGCAGCUGGAGGAACCCGGGCCGCCUGCGAUACCCCUUGGAGGGAGCGAGGGAAGGCGAAGGAAGAGGCUGCGAGGUAAGGGCAGCCCGGGUCUCCUCAGCCUCGGGUCAGAUGCCUUGCAGUUGUGUCUUUUACUUUGAUUCUGCACAGCUAUGAAACUGGGGAGACUGGCUGGGUGUUUGGAAUAACCAGUGAAGAUGAGUACCAACAUUAAGUUUUAAAUAGAGUGUGUUGCCUAGCAGUAAACCAUGGGCAAUUUCAAAGGGCAUGCCCUCCCUGGAAGCUUUUUCCUUCUUUUUGGCUUAUGGUGGUCAGUGAAGUAUCCACUGAAGUAUGCCUGUCGAAAAAACAAGAAUGGUUGCUACCUUGGUUCCAGGGCAGGAUUUCAGCGCCUGGAGUUUUUAGAGGGGAUCAUCAAAGCUGUCUUUGCCCUGAUCGGAAUGGUGGCUGAGCAGUUUGUUCCUGAUGGACCUCAUCUGAAGCUGUACAAUUAUGAGGAAAAGCACUGGGAUCACCUCAUGAACUGGCAACAUGCCACUAUGUACCUCUUCUAUGGCAUUUCAGGGUUGGUUGACAUUGUGGCUCAUGGGACCAGCACACUGCCAAUGGCCAUGGACAAGAUGAUGCUUUCGUUAGCAGUGUUUAUUGAAGGUUUUCUCUUUUGCUACCAUCUUCAUGGGAGAGCCAUGCUGGAUGUUCAUGUUCAUCAGUUACUGCUGUUUGCUAUCUUUGGAGCUGCUGUUUGCAUAUUUCUGGAAAUUUUCUUCCGUGGCAGUAUUGUGCUAGAGAUGCUUCGUACAAGCCUUUGCAUAUUACAAGGCAGCUGGUUCUGGCAGAUUGGCUUUGUGCUUUAUCCUCCAAAUGGGAGGCCAGAGUGGAAUCAAAUGGAUCAUACCAAUAUGAUGUUCCUGACCAUGUGCUAUUGCUGGCAUUAUGCCUUUGCUUUUCUUAUACUUGCAGUCAAUUAUACAAUCGUCAACUGGGCAGUUCGUUCAAAGGUUAAACAGUCCCAGUCCAUGGAAAUGGGAUUACUGAAGACAUCUGAACGAGAUCAGGAAUCAGAAGAUGAAAUUUAGUAUGAAUAUGGCUUGACUAGUUUACCUGCUCCACCAUUAGGCUAACUGAUACCUCAUUUAUGGAAUUUUUCAACAUCUUAUUCAUUCUUUACUACAACUUGCUAUGCAAAUAUCAUCCACGAGUACUGUCUACAUCUGCACAGUUACAUCUUUAUUUGUGGGGGGUAAGCUUUGUAUUGAUUUGCAGCAGUUGCACUAGUACCUAGCUUACCACAUGCUUCAAAGAAAACCAGACUAAUAUUAGACAGACUGGAACUGAUAAGGUGGCAUGAUGAAGUCUGUGUGUUUGCCUCCUUAAUAGCUAAGUAAAAUGCUUUCUGGCUGCUGCUGAAUGGACCCAAGUUUCCAUAGUUAGGGUGUUCAAGUAAGUAUGUUUGUUGCUCUGCAAGUAACUGUGCAUAAUAACUCUACAGACCUGGAAGGAGUAGUACAAGAUGAAAAAUCAGAGUUUUGCAGCUGUUUUAUGUAACACUCCUGUGUCUGCUUGUGGCUUUAUGCUGAAAGAUAGUCUGUUGAAAAGCAGAGGUGCUCUCUCCUGUUGAAAAGAGAGGGUGCUCUCCCCCAUGCUUGCUAUUGUUUGGGAUGUGCUCCAACCUCAACAAAAGGGAAAUAACAGAUACGGCAAAAGUCAUCAGAAGAUGAUGUUGCAUGUAAGCACACUGCCUCUAAAGGGCAGACUUUCGAAUCAUCACUCUCUCUCUAAAUAUGUCUUUCAAAAGACUGCCAUGGGCAGCUUGUGGUACAGCAGCACUUACACUUUGUUUUCUGAAGGAUUGAGAAUGGAAUUUAUGCUGGUGGCCAGUGGCCAUUUUACACAUGCAUCAGUGAUAGGUGGUCAUGGUAAGAUGGUCAUUCUGGAAAACAGACUCUUCCCUUUAAAACUCCUUCUAAAGAUACUAUUUUCUUAUUAUUUUCCGAAACAGGCUAAUGUAGGACAACAAAUUCUGUUCAAGUAAUGCCUGUUCAUCAGGUUUGGUGCUGUGAAAGUGUGUUUCUUUUAUUAUUCAAAUGUUUCCAGAUGCUCCUAAGGGAACGCAGAGCUGAACUCUAAUAGAUGAAUGAGAUUUGUAGGAUCUGGUCCCUCCACUUUUCAGCUUCCUUUAAAUUUUUUCAGUGUGAACCAGAAAAAUUAGUAGCAUAGAAUUACUAAUUGCAGUGAGAAGGUUGCUUAAUUUAGGUAAUAAUAUAGUUUGUAGCUCAAACGGAUCUCAGGACUCAGAGAAAAAAAGGAAAGAAAAAUUAAAGGCUUUUUCUAAAGCUGUUUAACCUUCAAUACAACAUAAACA